AUGGAAGCCAUCACCCUAUGCUCCAUUGCCGGGGUUCGUCUUUUCGUUAUCGGAUGGAUCUUAACUUCUAUUACUAACUUCCCAGCGGCAUUCACGCAUACGUCCGUAAAUUCCGCAGUUCUCAAGAUGAACGAAUAUCUGAACGAUUCUUUCGCCGAUCGCUAUCGUCCUCUGGAUCAUCAUGAGGUCUCACUGAUUAAGUCUGGUAUAAACAGUGUCUGGUACGUUGGGCAAGUUGCCGGAGCAAUUAUGAGUCCUUAUAUCUGCGAUAACUGGGGACGAAAACCAGCGUACGUGAUAUCUACGAUAGUAAUGGCGGCAGCGUGCGGAAUGCAAAUGGUAGCCUCACUCACACCGUUCCCAGAGAUUCUGAUUGUGGGACGGAUUAUCACGGCCGUGUUCUCCCCACUUAGUGAUGCGGCGCUCAUUCUUUAUCUACAGGAAAUUUCGCCAUCUAGCCUUAGAGGCACGAUGUCAUCACUGUUCUCAACCGGUUAUGCUGUUAUGUGCUUGAUUGGGAUGCUACUGGGACACGAAGACAUUCUUGGCAACUCGUUGCCAAUUCUGCUCUUUGUUCCCGUGAUUCCAGGAGUGAUUUCCACAUUAAUAAUUGUGCUCAUGCCGGAGACGCCAAAAUUCUUAACUAUAUCAAGGCAUGACUCCGAUGGUGCUCUGGCUUCACUGCGAUUCUACCAAGGCGAACAUGAAGGGUUGCAAGCACAGCUAGCGAAACUACAGCUUGAAGUACUUCAGAAGUAUGAUGGGAACUCUGCUUCUUCUGGAUCAAUUUCAGCCAUUACUAACGCAUUCUUCUUGAUUAUGCUUGGAUUACGGUCAUUUCAGUCCAUUAUUACGACAAGCCAUCUAAGACGAGCCUUUGCACUCUCCAUUGCUUCACUUUUUGGCACUUUGCCGUUCUUCUCGAUCCUACAAAACAGUACACACUUCUUCACAUUUUUGAGGUUUCCUAGGUGGCUCGUUUGUGGUUGCUGCAGAGCUGGGAAUAUUUGCUUUCGUUUUCUCAUAUGGGUGAGGUCGACGUAUUUAAAUGUUUACAUUUUCGAAUACUACAAGCGAUACUGCAUACUUCCUACUUGCAACUAUGUGGAUAGACAACUUUCCAGGAAUUGCCAACACGGUCGUUUCAGUGUCGGUGUCGGUCCCGUUGCAUGGUCCAUCCCACCGGAGUUGGUACCUCUUCAAUAUCGAUCGGCAAUGUUCUGUCUAUGUUAUGGUUUUCACAGCGUUCUCGUUGUGCUCACUAACUUCGCUACCGUCCCUCUACUUGGAGUAAGUCUGACGCCCAUAACUGAAGAAUCCUGCGUGCGAAAUUCUUUACUUUGCGCAGUUAAAACAUUCUCAACUACAAUCACAACGAUGCUGAGACAUUCGAAAAAUUUGGACCCUGGGCCAGAUCGAGCGACGACCAUCCCUUCUGGGGUUCGCGUAUCACACGCUGUACCACUGAGGCCCUUGCUUUGCGUUUCUCUUAGCUAG